AAAAUAUUUAGUCAAUACAAAAGAAAAUAUUUUAUUACUGAUGAUUUGUUAUCAAUAUUGAUAGUUAUUUAUUAGAGAUUAUUUACAGAAAAAGUAAACAUGGCUGGUCAUAAUGCAGGAGAUCCACUGGAAUGUUUUAGCAUUCCUAUUGUGUUACAUAAGGACCUAGAUCGUGAUGAUAAGGGUAAUCCUGUGAUAGGUCAGGAUGGUAAACAGAGAUAUAGAUGUGGGUUCAGGAUAGGAGGAGGGAUUGACCAGGAUAACACAAAAUCACCUCAAGGUUACCCUGAUAAGGGAAUCUAUGUGACCUACAUUCAUGACAGUGGGCCAGCUUCUAGAUGUGGUUUGCAAGUCCAUGAUAAACUAUUACAGGUAAAUGGUCAUGAUUUCACGGUUGUUACCCAUAAAAAAGCUGUAGAAUAUAUUCAACGGAAGCCUGUAUUAAAUAUGUUGGUAUACAGACGAGGGUUACCUCAGCCACAGAGACAGGAUGGUCAACAAACACAAUUCCAGUCAUUCUCCUCAACACCAGAAUAUUCUAUACAAGGAUAGGCAUCUCAACAUUCUCUAGGUUUUUACUUCAAUACUGGUGUUUUGUACGUGUUUUCUACUAAGAUAUCCUACAUAAACAGAAUUGCUGCAAUCUAACUAUUUGUGAGUCAACUGUUAUUAUUCUGCUACAAAGAAAUACAUUUGGAUCACCUCUGAAUUAUAUGUACAUGUUAUGUUUCAUAUUUAUAAAUGUCAUUUGACCAUUUGUCUAAGAAUCAAUAUCGGUGUUUAGUUUAAACAAUAUGUUUUGAUACAGUAGAAUGAAAUUAUCACUGUAGUGCAGUAAUAGGUUAAGUCUUUCUAAAUUUAAUAGGAGUUUACCAGUUAUUGCACUAAGGUUAUGAAAUAUGCUUUUAAAAGAGUUUUUACUACUGGCUGAAAACUUUAUUUGAAAUGGGUCUUAUAAACAACCUAUUUUCAGAUAAAAUUAUAUUUGCAAAAAUCAAUGAGGAGGUGAUAAUUGUUUCCUGUCUUGUGCAGCUUGACAUUUUGUAGACGGAGAAAAUGAAGCAUUUUUGUAAAAGUGCAUUUUUUUAUUUUAGAUACAUGUAUUAUGAACGAUUUUAUGUAUGAGUUUAAUGUAUUGAAUUAAUGUUUUAACAAGGUUCUAUAAAAUAAGGGUUAUUACUAAAUUAAUAUUUACUCAUUCUACUGUUUGUGCAUUUGCUUUCAAAUAAUGUGCAUUGGAGACCAGACAAGCUUUGUAUAACCUAUGAUAACAGAUUCUAAGCAAAUGAAUUUUCAUUAUGUAUACAUGGAUAAAAAUUGUUUUAAUAUUACUUAUUUGUUUAUAUAAACAUAUGUUAUUCUUAUCAUCAGUAGCUGUUCAUAAUGAAGUUAACAAAUGAUGUCAAUUUGACUUUUGAAUUUAUAAUGAAACAGUGUAUUAUAACUUUUUAUUUUGACUAUUAAAAUAAUCAACUUAGUUCAUACAAAUAUAGUUCAUAAAUUCAAUUAUGUACCUAAAGGCCCAUUAUGCCUCAGAAAUGCUUUUAUUUUCAUUUCUUAAAAGCUUUUUAUAUUUGGUGUACUUUUAAAGUCUCCAAAAAGUUAUUCUUUUGCCAAUUAUCAUAACCCUCUUUUUCCUCUGUUGAAUACAGCUAUAGUGAUGUAAUAUUUUGUAGGAGGUCUUAGUCAAAAUACUACUUUGUUGUCAUUUUGCUACUUUUAUGACAAAUAAUUUCAAAAUAAGCGCUACUUUUUUCAGGGAACAAGCAUCUAUCAUUCUGUAAAACCAUUAUUUAAACAUGAUAAUGCUCAUGUUUGCCCUUUCUAAAAUAGGAAAAAUUUAUAUGUGUCUUAGGCAUAAUGUGCCUUUAGUAGCAGAUAGAUAGAUGUAAUCAUGUUUGUAACAUUUUACUUAAUAGCCUGCUUGUUAUAGAGCUUUGUAUAGCCAGAAUAACAUGCUGAAUGAAAUAAAGGUAAAAUAAAUUAUUUAUAAAAAGUAUGAAUUAUUAAGUGACCAAAGUAAAAGAAUAUCAGUACAUGUAAUGUUAUAUACUGAAAAAUGUACAGAAAAGUACACAGGAUAAUACUGGUUUGCUUCCAAAUUAAAGAAAAAUAUUUGGUAGUGUGUAAAGUUACCAGUUUGACAUUCCAUUUUUCCAUCACAUUGGUUAAAGUAACAUUAUGCACAUCCAAGAGUAAAUGGCAGGUGUACAGGUCAAAGUAAAAAAAAACCUUUAGAUUUUGCCAUAGUUGCUUUGGAUUUUAUAGUCUAGUUCAUAAUGUAUAAUCAAUAAUCCAGUGACACUUAGAAAAUUCUAUAAAUAUCCUUUGAAAUGUACUGUAAAUAUUCAAUUAAAAAAAAAAAAACAAGUGGGGAAGUCUUAUGUUUAAGGCAGUUGUUAUAUUUUAUCCUUAAUAUUUUUCAUUAUCAAUUUUGCCAAAGACCAUAAUCUUUAGAAAUAUAUAGUCUAUUCAGCUUAACUUAAGAACAAGAGAAUGAGCAUAAUGUCACUUUAACCAUUUCUCAUAUUGUCUAAAUUAAUUGACAUAUGUUUCAAAUAUUUGGUAUAUUAUUUCUACUUUUCCUCCAGAGGUCAGAAAUGUUAGCUGCGUCAAACUGGCAUCAGGAGCAUCCAUUAGUUUGACAUAUUUUCGUUUAAAUUGUUUCUGUAGGGUAAUAUAAGUAGUAUUGUCAUUGGUUUCUUAUUUUACAAGUUUGUAUAUAAUUGUAAGCAUUACAGUAAGCACAACAUGAUUUGAUGCGGGAUGACUUUAAUUUUUUUCCAUUAAUUUCAGCAUUUUCAAAAUCUUUGGGUUUGAGAACACUUUCUUAAGAAAACAAAAUUGUUUUGUUUUUCACAGAGAAUGUGUUUGCGUUUUGAAUGAAUGAUAUUUAUGCAGGGCAUAUCACACUAGCAUUGUUCAUUAUGUGAUAUAUUUUACACAAAUAGUUUACAUGAAUAUUUUGUACUGUUUUGUUACAUAUUUUGUAGACCAAGUAUAUUUUUAUUUCUGUAAGGUUAGAUAACUGCAACGUUUUUGAAUCCUAUCAUGUUUGCAUAUCUGAGUUGUUUACCUUUGAUAUUGUUACUUACAUAAUUAUGUUAAAAGCAUUUACAUUUGUCAAAUAGGGUUAAUAUGUCAUACUAUUUUCUGUAUGAUUUUUUUUUUCAUUUAUGCAGGGCUCACACUGGCUUUAAAAGCAUUAUUAUGCUAUCCCGUAGGAAUCAAUUUUUACAUCUUGCAUAAAUAAACACUUGUAAAUGUUAUGAAAUAUUUGCCAGUUUCUGUAGCCAAAAUGGAAAAAUAUUCACCAAUUUUAUAAAAUUAUCACAAAAGGUGUCCAUGUGAACUGACAGCGUGAGCUCUGUGUAUUUAUAAACAUGAAAAAUGAUGAGGUUGUGCAUUUCUUUAAAGUUUUCAAGAUCUUCUUGGUUGAUGUGUCAAGCAUAUUUUGUGCCAUAUUAUAAUGACAAAUCAUCUGAAAUUUUUAUUAAUGUUGGAAAUGAAAUUGUCCACUUUGAUAACAAAAGAUGUACGUGUUUCAUUGAACCAAUGAUUCAUUGUAUGGUUCCUGUCAGGUAGACACAUUUAUAUUUAUUUAGUUGGUUGUAUACAUGGACAUGAAAAUACCUAACAUGUAUAUUUAAAUGUUGAAAGGUUAGUGAAUUAAGGAGUCUUCUAUUAGCCUCCAUU